GUAAGGCUCCCAUCCAACGCUACAUUAAUGUAUAUUGAUUCCCCUGCCGCUGCCUCUCUUCAUUCGUCCUUUCGGAGUACUUUUUAUUUACUUCAACCGGUCUGGGGAAUAUUAAUAAGCCGCUUCUUUUUUCUAUUUUCGCCUUCAAAAUUCAUUUAUUUCCUUCUCGCUGCUGCCUAUUUAAUUUGAACCAGUUAAGAUGCAUAAUUAGUAUUUCAAUCUUUCCUCCAAUCCUCUUUCCUCUCUCUCCCGUUCUCACUCUCCCUCCCUCUCCCGCACUCUAUUUCUCACUCGCACAAUUUCUGCAUGUCUCUGUCUCUACGGCAACCAAUGCUUUCCCCCACUUCCAGGCGCUCAGCCUCUCUCCCACUCCCUUCUUCAGUGGCACGAGGUAGGUAUGCGAGUCCAUAUUUCUGCCUUGAGAGUGUGAAUCUGCAUGUUUUCCGACGUGUCAGGGUGAUUUCGUGUUGUUGGAGUGCGCUGUGAGCUUGGUUACAGAUGUUGAGUUCUGUUUGAUGGAUGGGGGAUGAGGUUUGAAGCCGUGAAGGCAUCCACAGGUGUGUUCCACAGUAGUUCCUAGGCUUCAGCAAGUGGUUUUGGUUGUCGAUGAGUGCGCGUGCAAACGUGUGUGCGCUUUUAUUUGUGUUGUCUCAGAGCCAGCAGGGUAUUUCUCCACUACAGCCAUCUGUUUAUGGUCUUUUAGUCAGUGUCAAGGCUGAGCCCUCCCCCUUCCAGCUCUGUUUCUCCUCUCAUCCUUCUCUCUUUCUCAUUUCAGAGAUGAUCGGAGCGGCGAGGAGUCAGUGAACAGGCAGAAGCGAUGGAGCGAUGCUUUUCCUUUUCAAUCCCUCCUUCCGUCUUUUUCGUUGCUUGUCUCUCCUUCCCCCCCAGCUCCAUCUCUCCCCACAUUGGAUUCAUUCCCCUUUGGAGCUUCCUGCUGGUCACUGUCAUUUUUUGCACUGCCACCGGUGACACAGAUGACAGGAAGUGGGAGGAGUUGGCUGAAAUGCAGAUGCCAGUCACGGCGCAGGCCAGCACCACCCAGCUCUGGGCUGUGGACUGGGGUCCCACGCAGCCCCUGGAAGACGAGACCCAUCAUCUCAUGUCCAGCCUGGAGACGGACAGUUUGAAGGCGACCACGUCCGAGGACUGGUCCCAACGUCGAAAUGCGCCUGUCAAUCAAACACAACGCCCGGCUGCAGGAGAGAAGGACAAGACGGAGACAGAGGAGCAGGACACACAGGAAGUGGACCCACAGUUUUAUGUGACGGUGACGAUUUCAUCUCUGCUGAUUCUGUCCGCGGUCGUCAUCUCUGCUAAACUCUGUUAUGACCGCAGUCUCUCUCAGCGCCCCCCGCCGCUCUCUCUUGCCAUCCCCCGACCCAUCCCUCAGGAGGACAGCAGGCAGACUCUGCACAGCACUCCAUCCUUCCCCGACAGAGAGAGGAUACCGGUGGUCAAUCUUUGAAGAGCCGACUGUUCCAAGCGUGAUAAUCGAAUCCCGUGGGCUUGAUACGGACUCCGGUGUGGCCGUUGGUGUGAAGCAUCUGAAUGUACAUAACAUGUAGAUAUAUAGACGACACCUGUGUGGAUAUAUAUAUGGAUGCAUACAUUUGCUUGGACGCUCUGAUGGAGGUUUUGUGGUCCAAUGGCUCUUCGUUUCAGGCUCUACAUCUUUCUUCCAGUGCUGUUUGUACAGUAUUACACUCAUUAGCCCAAGGGCUCCAGGAACGCUACGUCCUCUACCAUGAAAACAAUCAUUAGCUUCUGAUCUUGGAAUAAGCUGUGAUGUAUGUAGUCAUUAAUUUAGUAUCCGUCGUGAUGUGCUCGCAGUAGCCUAUGUCUCAUGAACACAAAGGUUACAGCUGCCUAGCACUGCCUUUUCUCACAUUUGUGUAGCAUUAAUUUAGGCUUAACGAAUGACUGCAGUUAUUUCGAGGAGUUAAAUAUAACUCCCAUCAUCUGUUUACAGUGUUUUGUUUCAUAUUGGCUCCGUGUCUCAUGGCAACAGUGGCUGCGAUGACGUUCGCUGAAACACCUCGGCGGUGUUAACGUAUAAUUUACUUAAGCUGACGAACAUUUGUGUGAUUCUGGCUCAACAUCUGUUGAAGGUGUUCGUGAAGUUUGCGUAAUUAUAUUCCAAGCGUGUUGUUAUGCUUAUUAUUAGCACUAUACUUCUAAAUCAUGGCCAUAUA